AAAUCCUCUGUCAUGUCGUUCGGGUUGUAUAUGGGCUCUCGGUUCCGGUGUCUAAAAGGCCCAUAGUUUUUCUCAGAACUCCGCCAUUCACCAACUAAAAAGGCGCCGUCGUCGUAUUCGGCGGAGAAGUAAAAUUUCGGCGAGAGAGAGAAGAAACAAUGAAGGGGUCGGACUCUGAAACCUCAAGGAAAUCCGGCAACAACAAAGACAAGUCCACAAAGCCUCCCUUCAUUCCAGCCAAAGACGACACCAAACCAGUUCUCCAAGACCCUAUACUGAGAUCCGACCCGAUUGAGACGGAGGAAGCUGUGCUCCGGUUGCCUCCCUUCCCAAUUGCCAGAUCAACAAACCCUCCGCCCAAAAUGAGUUGAACUCUUGUUUCUUCGGACAAAGCGAUAUUCUAUGAGAAACGGAUUCGAACUCAGAUGUAACAUUAAUUGAUGGAUGUUUUAUGAGAAUGAUGAUUGUACGAUGAAUAUUAGAUGGUUCAAGAUUCAAGCUUUUAUAACAUUCUCUUGUUUACGUUUCA